UCUCGUUCCCUCGCGAGCUUGCUUUUUUCUCUGUUUGCAAAAAAAAAAGUGCGAUUUUCACCACAAAAGAGUCAUUAACAGCUUUUGAAGAGCACUGCAAAUGACAGGUUUCUAACAGUUAAAGGAUAAUCAGUGCUGAAGUCUUCAAACGCUAGUCCUCGGCCGCGCCAAGCCUGUGAGAGGGGGUUGAUCUAAUCACAAGAAACCCAGUCGGUGCCGGGAGAAGCCUCUUAAUACACAAGUGGCGAAAGAAGGAGCAAACCUGGUCACUGCUGUUCUUUUUGUUUCCCUUCAAUUUUUUCCCCCUCUUUUCUUUCUUUUAGCCCUGUUUUCCAAGGGAUACAGACGCGAUAAGCAUCCCUCUCAUUAAUUGUCGCCAGCUUUUUCUGCACUCGACUCUCUCUCGGUACACAGUUUGCCCGAGGGCGUCACAAUCCUAUCAGCGCGGCUAGUCUCCCUCGUUAAUAUUCAUGAGACGCUCGACCGUGCGACGAUUGGUCGUCGGAGCCAUCAAUCCUCGCCGGAAAGUGACGUCGCAGUUCUUUAUCGCUCGAGCGGGGGGCGGGCUCGGGGCUUGCCAAUCGUGCGAGAUGGUUGCUCGGCGAGAAGCGCUACAAACGCAGUGACAAUGCGAUGGCAAUCGUAUUUUCUGUCUCGCGUGCUUGGCAGGAGUAGCUGGGAUAAAUAACAGUUCUGGCUGCGUCCGUAGACACACCGCAAACAUCUGUCUCGGCGAAGUAUGUGAUCAGAUUACAACGACCAUCUCAUUCUGUUUCCAUAUCCAGCCUCUGGGGAAGUCGACCGGUCGUCAGUCAUCGCAACAGACGAGAGACGAGGAGGAAACUCAAGACAGUCUUGACCAUCCAUGAACUUCUGUCCAGUGUUUCUCUGAUGAUUUCGCUUUGGAAGCGUGUACAUAGCUACCAACAUUUUUAUGGUUGACAAUCGCGGAAGCAAGGACAGACGCCGAUUAUAAUACAAAGGACUUCGAUCUGUCAUCGACAAGGUUUCGUCAGCUCGGAUGAGGUUCCCUGUGCUCCAUUCUUUAAGACUGGCGGAGUAAAUUCUGGUUGCGAACACGUUAAUUAGAAAACUUAAACACCACAUAAAUCAAGCCAGUGAUAAUUCAUUACCACAACAGGUAACCGAAACGGACCGCGACCUCGUGAACUCUGGUGACGUCAGAAGAGUUACAAAAAGAAAAGCUGGAGACCAACCGGACCCGGUCGGUGGCCGUGUCCAACGCAGCCCUCGGUCUGGCAAUGGCUGUGGAUUCUAGUUCCAGAAGUUCCAGUCUCAUGCACCACCCACAGCCGUCCCCAGCAGCGGCUGCUGGCUUCCCCCGGACGCUGGCCGACAUCAUGCCCGCCGCCUCCAUGAUGCUGCCGCACUUCCCCUUCGGGUACUACGCUGCCCCCGAGCGCCUCAAGGCCUGCCCCGGGAGUUUGCUGGCCGGCGCUAUGUCCUCGCCUCCGUCGUUGUUCACCAUCGACAGCAUCUUGGCUCCCAGACCCCUCCUGGCGCACAGACCUCACCCCUCAUACCUCCCGUUCCCAGCGCUGCCAUACCACCCGGAGCUGUUUGCAGCAGCAGCGUACGGCAAUCCCUUCGGUCACGCUUACCUAGGCGCCGCAGACCUUGCGCGCGCAGCUGGUCAAAAGCGGAAGCGACGUCACAGGACGAUCUUCACUGAGGAGCAGCUGGAACAGCUGGAGGCAACGUUCCACAAGACGCACUACCCGGAUGUACAGCUGCGCGAGGACCUGGCUCUGAAGGUGGACCUCAAGGAGGAGAGGGUGGAGGUGUGGUUCAAAAACCGACGAGCAAAAUGGCGCAAGCAGAAGCGGGAGGAGGAGGCCGCCCGGCGCGCGCUGCAGAUGAAGGGGGCGGAGUCUGCUCAGCCGGGGGAGAAGGAGGGAAUGCACGCCAGCUUCAAGGAUGCAGACGACGACCUCGACAAUGGUGCCAUUUCAGUGGACGACGACGAGCGACAACCUCCAAUCGACACCGCAGCAGACAGUGACAAAGAUUCCUCCCGCUCGCCGGAAGUGAGGUUAAGAAAGGACACGCCAAUGGGGCAUGCGCACUUCGCAUCGACUAGUGUUUACUCUAAAGCGCUCUCCCCGCCAGACAGAGACUGCCACGAUGACUCCGAUCAUCACAACGAGGAUUCAGAUGCAGAGUUGUCGCCCUGAAUACAUUUCCAGACUCAUUUCUUGAUACAUUUUUUUCAGUACUGUUUUCAUUAUGAUUUGGUAUGUUUGAUGUCGGUAAUAAUGUCUUCACCCUGCGUAGCCAUGGACAUUGAUGAUGAGGACAAGAGUUGACUCCUUUUGAGCUUCGUAUAUGUUGUCACCAUUCCAGAAACAUUUAACUUACAGCAAGACAAUAGGCUAGUGUCAUCAACAGGUCGCCAUUUUCUCUCUGGGUCAUCUGUGAGUUCAUCACACUUCGCUGCGAUAAGCUCACGAAAAAAAAAAAUUACUGUCUAUUCGAUUUGUUUUUUUCUGCUUGAUUUUUUUCUGAUCACACCUAGAUCAUUGGAUUAUUAUUUAUAGAAAGCAUCGUUCUCUAGCCUACAAAUCGUGCGAAGUGCAAAGGAUGCUGGUGCGGUGUACACGAUGCUACAUCCUCAUGGGAUGAGACUUUCUGGGAACUUGCUGUGAACGAUAAAAUAAAUGUGAUUCUUACAGAAUAUUACCGGCAAAGGCAAACCCUCCCCCCCAUUCUUUCCACCCCAGCCCCCUUUACUAUGAGCCCUUCAGAACACUGUCCUGAUGUCUCCAUGUAUGUUUUAGCUCGUGACUGUGGCUUGUAGCAUGGAGGAAUUAAACACAAAAAUGAUCAUUUAUCCUCUCGUUUAGACAAACUCGACAGCGGUAGCAACAGACUUCUGUCUAUGUAGCAGGUGACUUCAUACAAAUCAUGUUGUUCGCCAGUUACUAGAUGGCUGCCAGGUGUGAAGCCUGUAAUUGGAGUUUCCCGCUGAACAUUUAUCAUUAUGUGUAUUUGUAGUGUAUAUACAAACGUAGCAUUGUCCUAGUCUCUAGUCAGAAAGGUUUUAUUUUGUGAGUAAAACAAUACCGCCAUUCUUUGAUAUCUCAAAGAGAGGCCAUGGUAAUGGAACGGUUAUAUCUGUCAUUCAGCUUGCACACACACAUCCACCACCAACACCACUACAUCUCCCCCAGCACCAGACCAAACCGGAAGACCAGAAAUAACCUAUUCGCUGUUUACGCAUGUUUAAUAGACAAAAGUGUAUCUAAUGUUGCUUUGGAAGUAGACAACCGGCUCCGCUGUCGUUUGAUUUUGUCUUUUUAUUGUUCGCCUCAAAAGAACCUCGCCUGUAGCGACCACAGCCAGGUUGGUAAUGGCUAACGACAGUCGGGCCUGGAAUAACAAUAAAAAGCCGUUAUUACAAACUGG